AUGGCAUCCAACAUGAGGCCGCUCGCCACCGCCAAUGCCUUUGCGCAGAUUCAGCUCGCUGGACGCAGGACCUUCACCACACAGCGCCCGUCGCUUAUCGCCAACAGGGCACGAUGGACGCCCCGGCCUACCCAGCAUCAAAUUGUGCAGCGCCAGUCUGUCCGCCAGCAGUCGAACGGAGCGCCCAAGCCGAAGCCCAAGAGGUUCCGUAUGCUGCGCUGGACAUGGCGUCUUGCCCAGUUCUCUGCUAUUGCCGGUCUUGGAUGGGUCGGAUAUGGCAUUUACGAGACACGCAACCCGGCCGAUCAGCCACCGCCUGACCCAAGCAAGAAGACGCUCGUUGUUCUGGGUACCGGUUGGGGAUCCGUUUCCCUCCUGAAGAAGCUUGACACGGAAAACUACAACGUCAUUGUCGUGUCGCCGCGAAACUACUUCCUCUUCACUCCGCUCCUCCCUUCAUGCACUGUCGGCACCAUCGAGCACCGCUCCAUUAUGGAGCCCAUCCGCAACUUCCUGCGCCACAAGAAGGCCCAGGUCAAAUACUACGAGGCUGAAGCCACCAAGAUUGACUACGAGAAGAGGGUCGUCUACAUUAGCGACGACUCGGAUAUCAAGGGCGAUGUCUCUAAGACCGAGGUGCCUUUUGAUAUGCUGGUUGUCGGUGUUGGUGCCGAGAACGCCACCUUCGGUAUCCCCGGUGUUAAGGAGAACGGUCUUUUCUUGAAGGAGGUCGGUGACGCCCAGCGCAUCCGAAACCGCAUCAUGGACUGCUGCGAGACGGCUACCUUCAAGGAUCAGUCCGAGGAAGAGAAGAAGCGUCUGCUACAUAUGGUUGUCGUCGGUGGUGGACCUACCGGUGUCGAGUUUGCCGGUGAACUCCAGGACUUCUUCCACUCUGAUCUGAAGAAGUGGUUACCCGAGAUUCAGGACAACUUCAAGGUCACCCUCGUUGAGGCUCUGCCCAACGUCCUCCCCAUGUUCUCCAAGCAGCUUAUCGACUACACCGAGAAGACCUUCAAGGAGGAGACCAUCACCAUCCGCACAAAGACCAUGGUCAAGAACGUAACUGAAAAGUUUAUCGAGGCUGAGUCCACUGGUCCCGAUGGCAAGAAGCAGCUCGAGAAGAUUCCCUAUGGUCUCCUCGUCUGGGCUACUGGUAACGCUCUCCGACCCAUUGUCAAGGAUCUCAUCAACCAGAUCCCCGCUCAAAAAGAUUCGCGCCGUGGUCUUGCCGUCAACGAGUACCUCGUGGUCAAGGGUACUGAAAACGUCUGGGCUGUCGGUGACUGCGCUGUCGCCAACUACGCCCCCACCGCCCAAGUCGCCGCCCAAGAAGGUGCCUUCCUUGCCCGCAUGUUCAACAACAUGGCCAAGACAUCCGAGAUUGAGAGCGAACUCAAGCAGCUCUCCAUUGCCCAAGAAACCGCUCCCGGAAAGGAGGCCCGUGACAAGGUCUUCAACGAGAUCAAGGCUCUGCAACAGAGACUGAGGCGCAUCAAGCAAAUCGGACCGUUCGAGUACUCCCACCAGGGUUCGCUCGCAUACAUUGGCUCCGAGAAGGCUGUUGCCGAUGUCUCGUGGUUCGCCGGCAACAUCGCUUCCGGUGGUACCAUCACCUACAUCUUCUGGCGCUCUGCUUACCUCAGCAUGUGCUUCAGCACCCGCAACAGGAUAUUGGUCAUGCUUGACUGGGCAAAGGCCAAGAUCUUCGGACGUGAUGUGUCACGUGUCUAGAUGAGAAGACAUCAGUCUUCCUCGGCAUCAUCCCUAUCCUGUUUCCUUCUUUCCCUACCGCGCAGAUUCCUUAAAAGUUUCUACGUCUCUGUCCUCAGUGCAGUUUGGGUAACUUGUUCUUUCUCUCCCUUUUGAACCUGUGAAAUAUGAGCCACUCUCCCUACGUUCUCUUCCUCUUUUAUUUGUUUGUUUAGUUGUAAGAGUAGAGUAUACUGAGUGGGUCUUUUGUUUCUGUUCCUGUCUU